AUGAGUAAUUUUAUUGAAAUUCUGAGGUCUAACAUUGAAGAGAUUGGUAUUAUAGAAGAUUCAUUAUCAAAAAGAUUAUUAAGAAAUCCUUAUAUACUACCAUCAAACUUACAACCACGACCAAACAUUCUUCUAUCAAAAGUAACAAAACCAAAUUCCACCAAAAGAAUAUCAAUACUACAACAAUAUGAAUUAGUUUAUUUUAAGAGUCGAUACAAUCAAAUCAUAAAACGUUUGAACCAUUGUUUAACUGAAGAAAAGGAAUCAUUUUCCAACACAUUAGCAUUGAUCACGGAAGGAGAUGAUAACUUUGAAAAGUUCGAUGAGAUGAUCAAUGGCAUCUCUCAAAAUGAUAGUAUAGUUGAAGGUCCACGAAGGUUGUAUUCAAGCUUCAGCUCAUUAAAUAAAGAAUUGAAUCCCCAAGAUGUUACGUUAAAAAUAAAUAAAAAGACGGGUAAAGAACAAGAGUUUGUCAAAAGAAAGCAUUUUUUGAGUUCCAUUGCUUCUCAUUUGAAGGAUAUAGAAAUUAAUGAUAUUUUGGAUCUUCAUCAUUUUCAUGACUUAUAUGUUAGUAAUUUUGGUCCAAUUCUGUAUAUUGAAUAUUUGUAUAAAUUUCUGAGUUUCCCCUAUUCCAAAGUCAAUGGGUUUUAUUCAAAAUAUUUGAUGGAAUUGAGUCUGUUUCUAGAGGCCUCAUUAAUAAAGUUGCAACCGUUGCUAGAUUACGACGAAUUGUUGCAACGUUGGAAAACAGAGUUUGACGAUGCUGAUGAAGAGAGGAAGUCUAAUAAUGGUAAGGAUAGGGACAAUUUGUUUUGCAAAGCAUGCAAUAAACUAUUCUCAAAAGAAACAGUUUACCAAUCCCAUUUAUCAGGAAAGAAACAUAAAAAGAAUGCGUCUCAACAAAAACCGGAUAAUUUUGUGUCGUCAUUGCCUUGGUUGGAGUAUUUAAUUGGAAAGUUGUGUCAAGUGUUGGCUCCAGAUUUGGAAUAUACUAGAGCACAAGUUGAAAAGUUGUCAAACUUAUCUGAAAGGGAGCUACAACUUGAAAGACAAGUACAGCACGAUAUUGCAAAUGAAUUCGUUGCCAUCAACAAUGAAUUGGAUGAAGAUGAUUUGUCCGGAAAUGAACAUGACAAUGACGAUGAUGAUGACUAUUUAGAUAACAGCUUUAAGAAUUUACCUUUAGGUCCUGAUGGAACCCCAAUCCCAUUUUGGCUAUACAAGCUACAAGGGUUGCAUAAACAAUACAAUUGUGAAAUCUGUGGCAAUAUAAGUUAUAAAGGCAAAACCGUAUUUCUGAAACAUUUUAGUGGGCCCAAACAUCAAUAUGGUUUGAAAUGUCUUGGAGUUGAUGAAAAAAAUAUGAAAAUGUUUAAAAAUAUCACCAAAAUCGAUGAAGCUACUGAAUUAUGGAAAGUAUUGAGAAAGGAAACCAAAUUGAAAACCACUGAAUUGGAAAAUUCAGUUGAAGUAGAGGAUAAAGAAGGUAAUGUUAUGUCAGAGAAAGAUUAUAUGGAUUUGAAGAAACAGGGGUUAUUAUAG